GCGAUCUUGGAGGGACGUGCCAACUGCAUUUGACGAGCGCCACAUACAAUAAUGGCCGACGACGACCCGUACAACUUUACCAUCGACAUUCCUGGCGCUUCUCGCGCCAAGUCCAAGUACGACGACGCGUCCAACGAGUCGAGCGACGACGGGAGUGAGGCGGAUGCGUCGGUCUCGCCGCCAAAAGCCAAAGCCAAAGUCAAAGCGAAGGCCAAAGCCGCGCCGGCCAAGGCGGCAAGUCAGUCGAACGCCCUUGAUAAGGCCAAGAAUUUUCUCUCCAAGUACUCCAAGCCGAUCGAGAAGCCUGCGCGGCGGCGCGUGACCUUGGACGACAGCGACGACGACGAUGAGGAGGACGAGGCGUCCGUGGAGCCGCCCAAGAAGGCGCCAGUGUCGCGUUACGACGACGAUGUGAGCGACAGCUUGGACGCGCCGCCGACGCGCUCCAAGGUCACGCUCGACGACAUUAGCAUGGACGAGUCCGAGGACGAGCCGGCACGGCAACCGACAAUUACGGUUCCGACAGCGGUGCCCAAGGUGCAGCCAGCUCCGUCGACGCAUCCAGUCGUCGAGAGAGCGCGACCAGCCGCCGACAGCGACGACGAGGACCCGCCGUCGUUCCACGAUGCGUCCGAGGACGACCCGCCGCCGACUUAUGUUCCAGCGGCCAAACCCACUCUGACUCUACCCAAGCAAGAGGAGGGAAGCGACGUCUAUGACGACGACGACGUGGUCGACGAGGCGUCAAUGGUCGAGGAAGAGGACGACGAUGCAACCACCACGACCACUGUAGUGCCACCCAAAGCCAGCGAGCCACCAACGUUCGACUACUCGAUGGAGUUUUCCCAAGACGACUACGACGAUGGCCCUAAGGCUGCGACGACGACUAUCGCGACGCCGAGCGCGGUGCAGCCCAUGGUCACUGACACGAGCGACGAUGACAACUACGGAGAUGAGUCCUUCGCAAUCAGCGAGCCCGUCGUCGAGCGCGUCACCAAGGAGCCGAGCGAAGACUAUGGCGACGAGUCGUUUGCCGCGAGCGAGCCCGCCGCGCCGGCACAGGACGAGGCACCUGCGUACGACGACGAGUCGUUUCAAGAGGCGUCCGUCGAUCUUGUCGUCGCACCAUCACCUGCAGUCAUGGCGCCGAUUCCGGUGCCUGCCGUGAUCGCGCCAGCACCGACGCUUCCAACUCCUCGUCCAUUGGUGGAGCCCACGGUGACACUACCUGUGGCAACGACCUCGACCUCGCUGCCUGUGGCGCCAGCAGUCGAGGCCAGCCGCCCGCGUAUCACAAUCGUGCGCGAGUAUGAGCUUCCGGAGCGGCCAAAGGCAGAGAUGAAGGAUGCGAGUACGCAAUAUACGGGCAACCACGUCCAGAUCCAGGCCGACUUGGGCUCGCAGAGCGCUCCAACGCCGCCGCUGGAGCCGCCGCUGGAGCCACCGCAGUCAGCACCGACAUGGCAGCCACCGCGUGAAGCGUCGCAGGCAUCGUCGCAGUUUGCUCAGGCGCCGGUACCACCGCUCUUGAACGUCUCGCUCACCGGGUCGUCAGUUUAUCGCCAUCAGCUGGCGCAGAUCCAGCUGCAGAUUCGCCGCAAGCGGCUUGAGACUGACCGCUUGCUGCGCGAGUCGUCGGCCUUUCGGUACACGUCGCACGACGAGACGGACAAGUUUGUGAGCUUGAACCGCCCGCGUAAGCUCGCGCUCUGGGAGGCGCUCAUGCAAGUGGACCCGAGUAUGAGCCAAGAGCAAGCCAUGAAGAUCGAAGCACUCUCCAAGUCGGCGUAGCACAUCUCACAUUGAUAGCUAGUUAAAGUCGCAGGCGUCGUAGACACCCGGCACCAUCGUGUUGACCUUUUCCGCAAUCGCCAUGACGAUACCGCUGCGAUACGA